AUGACCACCAUCUACGCGCGCGAGCUCGAGAUCGCCCAGCUGGCGGUGCAGCGCGCCGCUAUCCUGACCAAGCGCGUCUUCCGCGAGAAGGCAAAGGGCACCGUGUCCAAGGACGACGCGUCGCCCGUGACGAUUGGCGACUUCGGCGCGCAGGCGCUCAUCAUUUCUGCGCUGCGCCACAACUUCCCGCACGACGACAUCGUCGCCGAGGAGGAGGCAUCCGCGCUGCGGGAGGAUGCGAAAUUGAGGGGUAUGAUCUGGGGGCUGGUUAGGGAGACCAAGCUGGAGGAUGUCGCGGCUGAGGGGCUGCUGGGAAGGGGCGUCAGGGACGAGGCGGAUCUGUUGGAUGUCCUUGACCGCGGGAAGAGCGCGGGUGGUAGGGUGGGACGGGUGUGGACUAUCGAUCCGAUUGAUGGGACCAAGGGAUUUUUGAGGGGCGGGCAGUACGCGAUUGCGCUGGGGCUGCUGGAGGACGGGGAUGUAAAGGUGGGGGUGCUCGGGUGUCCUAACCUGCCUGUGGACGACGAGGCGCCGUUGGAUGUGGGGAUCGGGGAGAACCAGACGGAUGAGGAAGGGCGCGGGGUGAUUUUCUCGGCGGUGGUUGGGGAGGGGGCGUGGAGCAGGCCGUUGGGGACGGGUGCCUUGCAGGAAGGGAAGAAGAUCCGGAUGAAGGAUAUUGCGGAUAUGGCGAACGCGAGUUUCUGCGAGAGCGUCGAGGCGGGCCACUCGAACCAGUCCGAGGCCGCGCAGAUCGCGCAGAAGUUGGGAAUCACCAAGCCGAGCGUCAGGAUGGACUCGCAGGCCAAAUACGGUUCGAUUGCCCGCGGAGCCGGCGACAUUUACUUGCGCCUCCCGACGUCCAAGACGUACCAGGAGAAGAUUUGGGACCAUGCCGCAGGCGACUUGAUCGUCCGGGAGGCAGGCGGCCAGGUCACGGACACCAAGGGCCAGCGUCUGGAUUUUGGCGCCGGAAGAACGCUGGCGAGCAACAGCGGCGUGAUUGCAGCGCCGGCGGGAGUCCACAGUCAGGUCCUCAAGGCCGUUCAAGAUGUUUUGGGGCUGUGA